UGUUAACAAAUUCAUAAUAAAAAUGAAAACCGUUUUAUUUCUUUCCCUUUUGGCUUUAGCCUUCAUUAACGUCCUUACUACAAAUGAUAUUUGCAGAUAUUGUCCCGAUUGCCCCCUAGACGAUCCUGAAUGCGGUAACAACAGGCCAAUGAAUUGUACUGGCAUUGAUCCCAAUUUAAAAAUACGUAAUCAUUGGCAACCUGAUCUCUAUUGGAUUUGUGUUGAACCUAAUAGACCUGCUGAAGCUAGACGUUGUGGAAAUGAUCUCUUUUUUCAGGAAGAAUUGGGAGAAUGCGUUUUUAGAUUUGAUUAUAAAUAUUCUUGUCCUUGUCAUAAAUGUGGUUGUUUGAAUGAAACAACUGUUGCACCAGUUUAGCCAAUAAUUUUUUGAAAAAUAGGAAAUGGAUAGGAAAUGCGGAAAACACUUUAAAUCUUGAGAAAAAUAAUGUAUUUUAAAAACAAAUUAAAAAAAAAAUGAUAUGU